CGAACAGGCGCUAUAUCAAUGCAGCUGCGGCGCCCGCUCGCUGGAGACGAGGGGGGAGGGGGCAGCGCGAGGGAGGCGAAGAGAAUUUGGAGCGGAGCUUUCCGAGUUUGAAUAAAAACGGAGAGCAAGGAGCGGUUGGGAGGAAACAUCCACAGAAGGAGAAGAGAGAGAGACCUGGUAGUGGGUGAGACAGCCCACAGACAGAGAGCCAGCCCUGGCCAUCAGGACUGACACUAGGAGAACACAGCCUGAUCCCUUUUUGACCUUUCUGCGUUGAACUGUUAGUUUAAAACGAUGAGUUUGAAAAAUAAAUUGAUGCACGAGGUGCAUGCUGAUACUCCGAUGAAGGCAACAUCAAAAGUCUCAAUUGUGGGCGCUGGGCAAGUUGGCAUGUCGUGUGCUAUUUCCAUCCUCCAGCAGCAUAUUGCUGAUGAGCUGGCUCUAGUUGAUAGAGUGGCAGAUAAACUGAGGGGAGAAGCUCUGGAUUUGCUACAUGGUAGCCUCUUUCUUAAAUCCAAAAUUUCAGCAGACACAGACUUUCUGGUUACAGAAGAUUCAAAGAUAUGCAUCAUCUGUGCUGGUGUGAGACAGACAGUGGGAGAAGUCAAGAGGAGGCAGCUGCAGAAAAACAUAGCUACCUACAAGGAGAUCAUCCCUCACCUGGUCAAGCACAGUCCGAAUGCUGUUUUGCUAAUUGUUACUAAUCCAGUGGAUAUCAUGACCUAUGUGGCCUGGAAAAUAAGUGGUUUCCCAAAGCAUCGUGUGAUUGGCACAGGCACGGACUUGGACACUGCCAGGUUUCGUUUCCUAUUGGGCGCAAAGUUGAGAAUUAAUCCAAUCAGUGUCCAUGCUUACAUCAUCGGUGAACAGGGAGAUGAAAGUGUUGCUAUUUGGAGCAGUGCAAAUGUGGCUGGUGUCAACCUGGAGUCAUUAGAUGAAAAGUUAGCAAAUGAACAGGGAGAUCAAAUUCAUAAAAAGGUUAUAGAAAGCACCCAUGAUGUCAUAAGGCUGAAAGGAUACACCUCCUGGGCCAUUGGUUUAAGUGUGGCCAGUAUCGUGAAUGCAAUUUUGAAAAAUAUCCGAUCCAUCCACCUGGUGUCCAUCAAUGCAAAAGAUGAGCACAAUAUCACAAACGAUGUCUUUCUCAGUCUUCCUUGUGUCCUGGGAAUAACAGGAGUAUGUGGAAUCUUGAGACAACGACUCAAGGAGAAAGAAGAAGUAAAACUGAAAAACAGUGUGGAAAAUCUUUUGAAGAUCCAGCGGGAGAUCGUAUUGUGAACAAAAUGCUAAGUACAAGGCUCCACUAAAUGAUGGAAAAUCAGCGGACCAUCACUUAUAGGUGUCACAUUAUGUAAAGUGUAUAUUCAUUGUGAAUGUUAGUCAAGCUUUUUACAGUGUGGAAGUUGCACAGAAGUUAGGUGGGAAUAUAUUUUCUUCUAGGUCAGCCCCUGAAGGUUAAUGGUUAAUAAAUGGUAAGGAUGUCCUGAAAACAGUAGUGUCCACAUCAAGUCCCACAUUAUAAAAAGUAGUAACUCUUUAUUAAAAAAAUGCAUCGGACAUGAAUAGCCAGAACAUUAUUACUCCAAUAAAUGCAGCAAUCUAUGACUGGGUGGCCAGUGCUUUGAGUUUUAAGUUAAUGCUGUCUGCAUUCAGCCUCAAUGUAAAAUUUAAAGUAUACUUCAAAUGGAAGUCUCAACACCAACUUUGCUAAAUGACCUCCAUUGCCUAAACACAAAUAAGUUUUAGUAACAAGAUCGACACUCAAUGUGCAGUAACACAGAUGGACCGCUGGGAAAUAUUAUUCUUGUUCAUAACAAAAACAAACAGCACAAUGCAUCAGUGCUACAUUUACAUUGUGUUUCAUGUGAUAGUAAGAUUUUCCUUGCUAUGUUUGUGGGAGCUCUGCAGGGUACAUAUGAUUGCAGAAUAUGUCAGGAAUUUAGCUAACUUACUCUAAAUGCUAUGCUUUCAGCCAAUGACAAAAUCAACUGAUUUCUGCUACAAAAUUGAAGUUUUCCAACUGGUGAGUAAGGAAACAGUUUGGAGGCAAAAUUUGCAUCAACUGUAGCAAAUUUACAGUGAAAACAGAAAACUGGGAAUACACAGCUGGUCCCUCCCCGGCUAUAAUAAUGAUAGGUUAAUACUUAGUGUGAAUUCUUCCAUAUUUUCUGUUUUUAAUUAGAGGUCUCAGCAGUUACAGUUUCCUCAAUGCCCUCGUAUGCAUUCCUGUCCACGUUUCUGCCCCAGAUUUCCGCAGACCGUAAAAUGACUUGCUGCACUUCUGCAGCAUUCAGAAGAAGGUGGCAUCAAGCAACAAUAGUUCAGAUUUUAGAGGCUGUUGGAUUGCUUCAUUACAUUGAAUCUAAGAAAAGCAAACAACACAAAGCAAACAUGCCCUUGUACAGAAAACACACUUUUUAAAAAUGCUUUUUUUAAAAUUUCUGGGAAAGAGAAGGCAGGUGACAGUAAAUUCUUCCUCAACCAAUUUUUCUCUUAUCCUAACUCCCAGCUUCGAUGUGCAUUCAAGGCAUAAGAAAAUUUUCCCCAUUGUUUCAAACAUUCAAUUGCAGACUGUCCUGCAGUUAAUAAAUUGCUUAUUUUUAGAAAUUACAACUUUAGAAAAAAAAUUGCUCAUAACUUCCUCUGAUUCGAUUUAUUUAGUAAUCCUAGUCCCAUUGUUGACUUAAAACAGCAUUUAUAUUUCCAACAUUUAGAAUGGAUAAAGGCAUUGCAUAAACUGAAACAAAAGGAAGGAACAUUGAAUAUCCUCUUUUAUUCUGAAAUUGUGAAAGCAAGCCCUCCUUUAAACAAAAGCACAAUCUGCAAAUAUACAAAGGUGCAUGUCUGGAACACAGUUAUUUCUAAAACAUUGUUAUCUAUUUGACAUGUGGGCCCUGAUUCUAAUUCUGUGCAAAUGGAUGGAUUUCAAAUGAAUAAAAAUUUCACCCAUUAAAUCAGCCAUGGGGAUUGACUCUCAAUACAUUUCCUGUAAAGUUACUGGAGAAAUUACAUGCCAAGAUUUUUCUUCUGUUGUCGUGUGAUGGAUUGUGAUUCAGUAGUGUGCGUCUUUCUUUGGUUAAUCUUCAUCUAUUAUCUGUAGUAAGUAAAAAGCUGUUUUACAAUGUUAUGAAGUUUUAAAUAAACUAUUACAUGGAACACACCUCUUCAUUAAAAGCAAUGGCUUCUGAAUUUAUUGCCAGUUGUAAUAAAAUCAGGAAACAGGAGGGACUGUGGAAUGAUUUUUGCAAUGCUGGUUUUGCUGCUGUCACUUUGCGGAAUCCUGUUUACAACAUAAA